GCUGGUGUGCGGGGACUGUGGUGCCGGCCUGCCCGGCCUGCCCGGCCUGCCCGGCUUGCCUGGGCGGCUCGGCGCCGCCUGCGGCCGCCGAGCCCGAUUGCCGGCCCGCGGAGGCGGAGGCGGGUUGCAGCGAGUCGAGGCUGGUGCUGCUGGCGUACCUGAUCUUCUUGUUCGGCGUCCUGGUCGGCGCCCUCGUGGUGUCCAGCGGAAGACCGACAGCGACGAUGAAUUGGAGUUACGUCCUGUACAACGUGGACGGCCAGCCGCUCUGGCACCAGCGAAGGGUGCACGGAGUGGUGGCGCAGUCGGCUGGUAAGCUGUACGUGGCGGCCACUGCAGACGGGCACGUCUACGUCGAGGACUGGUCACCGACUUCCACGGACGUGGUCGCCGUGCGGUUGUGCCAGGGGUGCCGCGACGUUCUGGCGGGCGUCCCGCGCGAUCGGGCGUACCGUUUCAGGCGGGAGCCGUCGGCGGCGCGGGACGCCGAGUUCCGGCAGGCCGCCGAGGCGGAGGCCGAGACGGAGGGCCGCCUCCUCGCGGCGGCGCAGGGCGUGGUCCCUCCGCACGCGGGUUUCGUGUGGCUCCUGCCGACCGACGCGGUGGGCCAGGCCGUCGGGGCCGACGCGGAGGCGCUAGUGCCAGCUGCUGCCCCUGCUGUCCCUGCGGCGGCGCCUGGUGCUGCUCCCGUCGGAGGCCUCGUCGCAGGAACCGCCGCCGCUGCAGCUGUGCUGGUGGCCGCGCCGCCCCCGCGCCUGCAGGGGCCCCUGCAGGGUGUGGCGCCCGUGGGAGCCCAGCCCGGCGUCGCGACGCGCUGGCGUGCGGCCGAGAGCGGGGGUGGCUUCCGCUUCGGGGACCCUGUCCCGGGCCACGUGCGGACGGCGCGGGCGCUCGGGACCAAGGACUUGCACGUGCUGCCCGACGGGACGGCGCUCUUCGUGGAGGAGGGGGGGCGCGAGCGGACGUGGGCCGAGAUGGUGGCAGAUGCGGCACGCGAAGACUUCGCCAACGAUUGGGAUCUGCCGGGCCCGCGCUCCACGGCGUGGUGUCUCGAGUUCGUGAACCAGGAGGGGCUCGGGCUUGACGGCCACCACGAGCGCUUCAGGAGCACGUGCAAGCUCGAGAGCUCGAGCUGGGGCGUGUCGGAGCACUAUUGCGUCGCGCAGGCCUUGAAGCUCGGGCUCUUGAAUGACCAGAUCGACGGGGGCAACCUCCUGAUGGUCGAGAGCCUCUUCCGUCGCCUCCAGACGAUAGAGUUCGCUCACUGCGAGCGGGCUCGCGAGCAGGAGGCCAAGGGGUACGGGGGCAAGCUGAGCCUGGAGGAGCAGAUGGGGGUCACUCCCGCGGAAGCUCUGAGGAAGCUUCGCGUGGCGAGCUGGUACGAUGUGGACGGUGCUACGCUCGGUCGCUACUCUCUCGCCGACGUCUCACUGCCUGCGGGCGAUCCCAGGAUGGAGAGCGAGUGGAGCUGUUUUUUUGUAGCCAAGAAGAACGGCAAGCUGAGCGUCUACGGCGCGCUCGGCUUGCUAUUCGCGCUCAUCUCGCUCGUGGUCGGGCAGAAGGGCUGGGACUGGGCGGUGGCGGGGAGGUUCGAGUGGCGCAAGAAAGGCGAGAGCAUCCCAGUCCUGGAGGCUCGUGCGACCCUGUACGGCUAUAGAAACCUCCUCCGCAAUUCCCAUCUCCACGGCAAGCGUCUGGUUGUCCUCGGGGAUUAUAUGAGUGUGGCCGGUGCUGUCUCUAAGAGCCGCAGUGGGAGUCGGGCCACGUUGAACGUCACCCAGAGCAUCGCCGACCUCUCCCUGGCGACGGGCUCCACUCUCCACUGCCGCUGGCUCCCCUCAGAGUGGAACGCAGCCGACGGACCCUCAUGGGGGCGCUGGCACCCCGCGGCCCCCACCGCGCUGGCCGCGCGGGAUGCUCGCACGCGCGGCGCCGGCUUCGGGCACCGUGUCCUUGCCCGGCCUGGCGUCGCGGACAAGGCCCUUGCCCUGGACUCCCCAGGCGGAGUUGAGGGGGCCCUGGGCACCAGCUCCGCGCCCUGCCGACGAGAUGGCAGGAGCCUCGAGCCGGCCUACGUCAUCGGGGCACAGUCGCGUGGCCGCGCUGCGCCAGCAGCAGCGCGUGCUGCGGCGGCCGGCCGCUUCGCCUGCCUCUCUGGCCCCGAGCGGGCGGUGCUCGAGGCGGCGUCCAUCCAGCCCAGGGCCCGCAACGGCUACCAGGAGAUCUUCCGCGACUUCCUGGCGCGGUCGAACGGGCGGCCCUUGGCGUCGGAGGACCUGGUGGACGAGGCGAUCGCGGAGUGGCUCGACGAGCUAUGCCUCGACGGGGGGGGCCUGAGCGCGGGCUCGUGGGCUUGCGCGGCGGUGACGUUCUUCGCGGGCCUGAACAAGGCGUCGGGCGCGCUGAUGCCGCGUUGCCGCCGUGCUCUACGAGGCUUCCGCAGCGCCUUCGUGGUGCUCCUCAUCUUCGAGCUGUACCUGCGGCCCGGGGAGGCCUUCCACAUCAGGGCGGUGGACCUUGUGCCCCCAGUCUCGGACGUCAGCGGGCGGGAGUCGAAGACGGGCGAGUUCGACGAGAGCCUCUCGCUGGACCUCGGCCGCCAGUCCAGCCUGGGGCCAGCGCUCAACCAACUGGCGAGCCAGCGCCUCGGGGCCAACUGGCGGGCGGCGCAGCAGAGGUGCGUCGGAACCAGCCACCGCCUGGCCGCCCCGCUGUUCAUCGGGGCGCUGGCCGACGCGACGAAGGACUUCAAGACCGUCGUGGAGGCGCUGGGAGUCCACGCGGCCCCAGGCGCCGCCCACAUGUACAUGCUGCGACGCGGCGGCGCCUCGCGCAACUACGCCUCGGGGCGCCGCCGCCUGGAGGACGUGCGACGGCGCGGCCGCCAGCGUUCGCGGCCCUCGGCGAGACGCCACGAGAAGGGCAGCAGGCUCGCGCAGGUCGCCCACAAGCUCUCGCCCGCCCUGCAGGCCCGCGGAAAGCUCUGCACGGAGCUGCUGAGCGAAGUCGCGUCUGGCCAGCGCUCGGCCGCACCCUUCGUCUCCGACAGCGCGUCUUCGUCGAGGUGCUUGACGAUAUCCGUCGCGGCCUCUGCGGCCGCUUCCAUCGUGCUUACACUCGCGGAG